CAUAUGUUUGCUUCUCUCAGCUUUCGUUCGAGCUUUCCUCUUCUUUCAUCUCAAUCUUCAUCUUCAACCUCUCAAGCAAUCUUUUCUCGUGUAACUGUAGAAUGGUGAAGAAAGCGAUGGAGAAAGGGUUUAAGCUGAUUUUGGGUUCUCAAUCCAUGGCGAGAAAGCGGAUUCUGGCUGAAAUGGGAUAUGAUUUCACUAUCGUGACUGCGGAUAUCGAUGAGAAAGCUAUUAGGAAAGACAAGCCUGAAGAUUUGGUUGUGGCUAUUGCUGAAGCCAAGGAAAACGAGAUUAUAUCGAAACUAGGAGGUGAAAGCCAGUUUGCGAAAGAUCCUAAACCAACUCUAUUGAUUACUGCAGAUACUGUUGUUGUGUACAAAGGUGUCAUUAGAGAAAAACCAACCAGUAAAGAAGAAGCUCUCGAGUUUAUCCGAGGCUAUUCGGGGUCGCAUGGUGGCGUUGUGAGUUCUGUUAUUGUGAGAAACUUGAAAACUGGAGUUAGAAGAGGAGGAUGGGAAAAAGCAGAGGUUUAUUUCCAUGAGAUACCGAAACAAGUUAUCGACGAUCUCAUUAAUGAUGCGAUAACUUACAAGGUUGCUGGAGGUUUAACGCUGGAGCAUCCUCUCAUUUCGCCUUUUAUUGAUUCGGUGAUGGGAGGAGUUGAUACAGUUAUGGGACUUCCUAAAGAACUCACAGAAAAGUUCAUCAAUGAAGUGUUGUAGCUCAAAGCCACUUUUGAGUGUGUAGGAAAGGUUUAGAUAUAAAUACAUUUGUAUAUCUAAUCAAUUUAUGAUACUUUUGAAUCUCUUAUGUCUAGUCAAGUAACCAAUUCACUCUUUCUGAGCUUAGUUUUGUAUGUUAUGCCUUC